AUGGUAAGGCGGGUACGAGCCUACCAAGCCAGGUGGUACGAGCACGAGCAUGGAGGAGCCUUUGUAGUGGUGUCGCAGCUUGGUGGUCGUGUCAUCAGCUGUGGAGGAUCACAAGCAGACAAGAUCUUAGCUCCACUAUCAGAUAGUGAGGACACAACGUCACACUCUCCUGACACUGAUGAUGAACACUCUAAAGAUGAUGCAACAUGUCACACUGACAACACUCACUUCACAUGUUCUCACUGUCACAAAACUUUUAAAUACCAUAGUUCUCUGAAAAGACACAUGAGAACACACACUGGUGAAAAAACGUUUUCAUGUUCAUUCUGCGGUAAAGAUUUUACUCAUAGGCACGAUUUGAAAAUACACAUGAGAAUACACACUGGAGAAAAACCUUUUUCCUGCUCAGAAUGUGGUAAAAGUUUUGUAACAAAUCAAAGUUUAAAAGCACACAUGGGAACACACACUGGAGAAAAACCUUUUUCAUGUUCAAUCUGCGGUAAAGGUUUAACUCAUAGGCAACAUUUAAAAAUACACAUGAGAAUACACACUGGAAAAAAACCUUUUUCCUGCUCAAAAUGUAGUAAAAGUUUUGUAACAAAUCAAAGUUUAAAAGCACACAUGGGAACACACACUGGAGAAAAACCUUUUUCAUGUUCAAUCUGUAGUAAAGGUUUAACUCAUAGGCAACAUUUGAAAGUACACAUGAGAAUACACACUGGAGAAAAACCUUUUUCCUGCUCAGAAUGUGGUAAAAGUUUUAUAAUAAAUCAAAGUUUAAAAGCACACAUGAGAACACACACUGGAGAAAAACCUUUUUCAUGUUCAAUCUGUGGUAAAGAUUUUACACAUAGGCCACAUUUGAAAGUACACAUGAGAACACACACUGGAGAAAAACCUUUUUCAUGUUCAAUCUGCCAUAAAGAUUUUACUCAAAGGGAGCAUUUCAAAACACACAUGAAAACACACACUGGAGAAAAACCUUUUUCAUGUUCAAUCUGCUGUAAAGAUUUUACUCGCAGGGACUAUUUCAAAACACACAUGAGUACACACACUGGAGAAAAACCUUAUACAUGUUCAGUAUGUUGUAAAAGUUUUGCACAAAGUCCGCAUUUGAAAAGACACAUGAGUACACACACUGGAGAAAAACCUCAUACAUGUUCAGUAUGUGGUAAAAGUUUUGUACAAAGUCCGCAUUUGAAAAGACACAUGAGAACACACACUGGUGAGAAAGUGUUGAGUUGCAGUGUGUGUGGUGAAAGAUUGUCUUCUAAGUACCAGUGUAAGAAACACAAGUGUGCUGGUGAGAACAGCAGCAGCAAAUGAAGAUGCAGGAUUUGUAAUAAGCUGUCUAAACUUUAACUUUGACUUUCUAACAACAUCAGCACAUAUAUUCUAACAUUUAUAGAUUAGAUAUUGUAGAUUAUUGCUUUUUUUCAGUCAAGUACACGUUUUAAUAUAGAACAUUGUGUACUUUCAUUUAAAAAUGAACACAACACUUUGACUGUAAAGGUGAGAAUAAACAGGACAAAACAUGUUACAAAUACUUUUUAUGUGUAUGGAAAUAUUCAGAAAUAUUUUUUAACUAUUAAUGAUGUUAUAGAUGAACUCCUUUAUAUGAUGUACAUAUUUGUUUUACAUGUGUUCAUACCUUUGCUUUUGAGUACACAUAAAUCCCUCUUAGUUCAUAUUUACUGGUUCACAUCUGAAACAUCUUCUGGACCACUUCUGGAAGCAUAUUAUUAUUUACUUUAUACAUCAUUUGAGCAGUUGUGUUUUAUACAAUUUUAAAAUGUGUGAAUUUAUGAAUCAU